AUAAAAUCCACUCAGAGUCACACUUCAUGUGAUUUCUCGAUACUCUAAGGAUUUUGCAUAUUCCUCGUUAUUUAUACUGUGGUUAAGUAUUGGAUAUAAGAGCUAUUUAUAAUAUCGUACAUUAAAGUGUCUUUAAGCAACAUAACGGAAAAAAUACUCAUGUUAAAUAAGGGAUGGUUAAGGAACUUGAACCCAGCUUUACUAUUUUCUAGUGGCAGGCAAGGGAGAGUGAGACCAUCUCCAGGAGCGACUGGAAGUUCAAUUCAACCAUCCUAUGAUAGAAUACCUAACCUUGCCCCUAAACCUGGCAAAAGAAGCAAUAAAACUACAUCUUCUGGUGAAGAUAUCUUACAUGAUUAUGUUGAAAUACUGAAUUCACCACCAGCGGAUGAUGAUUGCUGUAUAUGUUGUGAGAAGUUGAUCGAGGCGUCGGGGCACGGGACAGGAUCGCCCGAGGAUCAUGUUGUUUACAAACUCAGCAAAUGUAGUCACAUGUUCCAUAAACUAUGUGUGACAGCCAUGUAUGAUAGCGGUGCUAAGGAUGGUCAUAUGCAGUGUCCGACAUGUAAGACUAUAUAUGGUGAGAAGAUGGGUAAUUGUCCGCGUGGAGAGAUGGAGUACAAGAUUAUAGAUCAUCAUUUACCGGGCUACGAGGAACAUCGUACCAUACAGAUAAUGUACAGUAUAAACAGCGGUACACAGGGACCUGAGCAUCCAAACCCUGGUAAGAAGUUUUCAACUCGAGGAUUUCCUAGAAUAGGAUAUUUACCUGACUGUGAUAAAGGUAGAAAGGUGCUUCAGUUGUUAAUUAUAGCGUGGAAAAGACGUCUCACAUUUACAAUUGGGCAUUCUACGACUACCGGUGAAGAUAAUACAGUAACUUGGAACGAGAUCCAUCAUAAAACUGAACUCGGCUCAAAUUAUUCCGGUCACGGUUAUCCGGACCCAAAAUAUCUUGAUAAUGUUUUAAACGAGUUAGCAGUACAUGGAAUCACAGAAAAAGAUUUACCUUCUGGUUGAGAGGUCAUGGAUUCCGAGAUAUUUCAACACUUCCGAGAUUAUAUCCACAUGGAUUUUUGGUGAUAUUAAAUAUUUCACAAUAAAGACUAUGUAACUAGUUACUAUGGUACCAGUAACUUUGAUAAAAGCUUGUGUUUUGUAAAGACAACCUGAGUCUUUCAUGUGAACUUUAGAAUAGAUUUUUGAACAUUUACUUCGGUAUUAUAUUAAAUGUUUUCCAACACA